CUAGUGCAGAGCUCGAGCGCAUAGAGGAGACAGCAAGCCAGCGAGCAGCGCGAACAAGGUCCAUCCAUCCAGCCAGCCAGUCAUCCAGUCAGCCCCCUCUGCAGAGCGCACACACACACGCACGCACGCACUCACUCACACAAACGCGUUCGAGUCAGUCCCACGGUGUUCGUGGAGUCCAGAGCAGCUGGGAUAGAAGGGGAAGAGGUAAAGCAGAGGGCGAGUGGAGAGGGAUAAAGGAGUAUAUUUGACUCGACGAUGUUGGACUGGGAUAUUUCUACCGCUGCGGUGGAAUGGAGACCGGCAACACAAUGAGCGCUAUUGGAUUACAGUGAUUCUGCGGCUCUAUCCUUCUCGGCGGUUUGUGAAGUUGAGUCGGGAUUAAUUUUCUAUACCCCGAGAAGGAAAGAAGGGCCGAAGGAAAAAAGGAAUAAAGCGUCUUCGGUGGUUUGAUUAUUACACGGAUUCGAGUUCCACGGGGGGGGGGGUGAACCGGCUGGGCUGUUGCAAUGUCACCUCACCCUGCUGUUCAAGAGCUGUGUGGAAAGGAGAUGUUGGGAUGAAGUUGCUCAGUAUGUCAGUGGGCAGGGCUUUGACUCUGGCCCUCCCAUCAUUCCUGGGUUUCCUGGUCAGCUUGACCUCGGUAACGAUAAGGGAGGUUGAAGGUCAGAAGGUCCCCAUCCUCAACAUCGCCGUGAUCCUUGGCCGCACGCGUUACAUCUCCGAUCGAGAUAUCCGGGCGCUCUGGAGCAAGGAGGACCCCAUCGAUGUCAACGUGGUCACCCUGCUGGUCAAUGAGACGGACCCCAAGAGCAUCAUUACCCACGUGUGUGACCUGAUGUCGGGAACCAAGAUCCAUGGCGUGGUGUUCGGAGACGGCACGGACCAGGAGGCCAUCGCUCAGAUAUUGGAUUUUAUUUCCUCUCAAACACUCAUCCCCAUUCUGGGAAUCCACGGGGGAUCCUCCAUGAUUAUGGCUGACAAGGAUGACAAGUCAACGUUCUUCCAGUUCGGUGCGUCCAUCCAGCAGGAGGCGCUGUUGAUGUUGAACAUCAUGGAGGAGUAUGACUGGCAUAUCUUCUCCAUUGUCACCUCCAAGUUCCCCGGAUACCAGGAGUUCAUUAACAUCCUCAAGAGCACUGUCGACAACAGUUUUGUGGGCUGGGACCUCCAGCACAUCAUAACGUUGGAUGCCGUGGAGGAGGACAGCAAGAGCCAGAUCAUGCUGAAGAAGGUCCAGUCUCCGGUGGUCCUGCUGUACUGUUCCAAGGACGAGGCUGUCUUCAUCCUGGAGGAGGCCCGCUCACUCGGCCUCACUGGGUUCGGCUACAUCUGGAUCGUCUCCAGCCUGACGUCCGGCAACACUGACGCCACCGUCCCUGAGGAGUUCCCGUCCGGCAUGGUGUCGGUGUCCUCCGAGGACUGGGACUACCCCCUGGAGGCACGGGUCCGCGAUGGGCUGGGCAUCAUCACCACGGCGGCAGCUGCCAUGUUGGAGGAGUACGGGGAGAUCCCAGAGGCCAGGACCUCCUGCUACGCCGCCCAGACCGACAAACCCUCAAAGACUCCGCCCCUCGCACUGCACAAAUACAUGAAGAAUGUAACUUGGGAGGGCAGAGACUUGUCCUUCACAGAGGAUGGUUACCAAGAGAAUCCCAAGCUGGUGGUUAUCGUUCUAAAUAAGGAACGCGAGUGGGAGAAGAUGGGUCGUCUUGACAACCGCAGUCUGACGUUGAAGUACCAUGUGUGGCCCCGGUUCAACUCGUUUGGCGAUGCUGAGACCGACGACAACCAUCUGUCCAUAGUAACGCUGGAGGAGAAACCAUUCGUCAUCGUUGAAGAUGUUGAGAGGCUCACGGGGACGUGCAUGAGGAACUCUGUCCCCUGCAGGAAGCACAUUAAAGACAACACCACGGAGGCGGGCGGGACGUACAUAAAAAAAUGCUGUAAGGGUUUCUGCAUUGACAUCCUGAAGAAGAUUGCAAAGUACGUGAAAUUCACCUACGAUCUCUACCUGGUUACCAACGGUAAACACGGGAAGAAGAUCAACAAUGUGUGGAACGGGAUGGUGGGAGAGGUGGUCUAUAAGAAAGCUGUCAUGGCCGUCGGCUCUCUGACGAUCAAUGAAGAGCGUUCUGAGGUCAUCGAUUUCUCCGUCCCGUUCGUGGAAACCGGAAUUAGCGUCAUGGUUUCCCGUAGCAACGGAACAGUGUCCCCGUCCGCCUUCCUUGAGCCCUUCAGUGCCUCAGUGUGGGUGAUGAUGUUUGUGAUGCUGUUACUGGUCACAGCCAUGGCUGUCUUUAUGUUCGAAUACAUCAGUCCUCUGGGCUUCAACAGGAACCUGGCACAGGGCAGAGACCCCCACGGCCCAUCGUUCACCAUGGGCAAGGCGGUGUGGCUGCUCUGGGGUCUGGUGUUCAACAACUCUGUGCCAGUUCAGAACCCCAAAGGCACCACCAGUAAGUUCAUCGUGUCGGUCUGGGCCUUCUUCGCCGUCAUCUUCCUGGCCUCGUACACUGCCAACCUGGCUGCCUUCAUGAUCCAGGAGGAGUUUGUGGACCAAGUUACCGGGCUCUCGGACAACAAGUUCCAGAACCCAUACGCGUACUCCCCUCCGUUUCGUUUCGGGACGGUCCCCAACGGUUCCACAGAGAGGAACAUUAGGAAGAAUUAUCCUGACAUGCACGAGUACCUGGUCAAGUACCACCAGACCGGGGUGCAGGACGCUCUGGUCAGCCUGAAGACGGGUAAACUGGAUGCGUUCAUCUACGAUGCGGCUGUGCUGAACUACGCGGCGGGCAGGGACGAGGGCUGUAAGCUGGUGACCAUUGGCAGCGGGUACAUCUUUGCCACCACAGGCUAUGGCAUCGCGCUGCAGAAGGGCUCUUACUGGAAACGCCAGGUGGACCUGGCCAUACUGGCCAUCAUUGGAGACGGUGAGAUGGAGGAGCUGGAGGCUCAGUGGCUGACGGGGAUCUGUCACAACGAGAAGAACGAGGUGAUGUCCAGUCAGCUGGACAUAGACAACAUGGCUGGUGUGUUCUACAUGCUGGCUACCGCAAUGGGACUGUCUCUCAUCACCUUCAUAUCUGAACACCUGUUCUACUGGAGGCUGAGAUACUGUUUCACUGGAGUCUGUACUGGAACACCAGGUCUCCUGUUCUCUAUUAGCAGGGGCAUCUGGAGUUGUAUCCACGGCGUCCACAUCGACAUGAAGAAGAAGUCGGACCUGGACUUCAGUCCUCAAGCCAACAUGCUGAAGCUCAUCAAGUCGGCCAAGCAGAUGACCAACAUGUCCAACAUGUCCACAUCCAGGAUCAACUCCCCAAAGCGCGCAGCCGAAUUCAUGCACUCAGCUGGGCCCAUGAUCAUGGACAUGAUGGCGGAGAAAGGAAACUUCAUCUACGCUGACAACCGGAGCUAUGCCCCUAAAGACGUGGUCUAUGGGGACCCGGGGGACCUCCAGGCCUACCUGGCCAACCGGCAUAAGGACCACCUUAACAACUACAUGUUCCAAGGCGGCCAGCAUCCCCUGACCCUCAACGAGUCCAACCCCAACACGGUGGAGGUAGCAGUGAGUGCAGACGCUGCCCAGACCAACGCCAAGCCCAAGGGCCUAUGGAAGAAAUCCGUGGACACCCUGCGGCAGGGCCCAGGGACCAUGGCUCCCGACAUGCUGUCCCCGGACCCCCGCAUCUCCAUGAAGACCCAGCGCUACCUUCCGGAAGACGCGGCCCACUCAGACAUCUCCGACUGCUCCAGUCGAGGAGCCGGCUCCUACAAGGACCCCGAGAACAACAAGCACCUGAAGAACAAGGAGGGAUUAAAAAAAAGACAGUUGCCAUCGAAAUACCCAAGGGAUUGCAGCGAGGUAGAGCUGUCCUACUUAAAGACUAAGCAGAGCAGCGGAGUGGGGCCGGGAGGCGGGGUGGGGCUACCAGGACAGGGGAAGAUAUACACCAUUGACUCAGACAGGGAGCUCAGUCUCCAUUCCGACCCUUUGCACUAUCGAGAGAGCCGAGGCCUGGCAGCUGACGAUCUUGACUACCCGGAGAUCUACUCAGACCACAACGAUAACUACAGGAAGUGCCAGGACCAACCAAUCAUACACCUCAACUCUUCCCCGCUGCACCACACGGACGCCGACCUGCUGCCUGACUCCGCCUACUCCAAACACUACGGCUUGAAGGACAAGAGCCUGACCCUGUCUCCCCAUGAGACCAAUGACCGUUACAAGCAGACCCACUGCCGCUCCUGCCUGUCGAAAUUCCCCACCAGCUACACCCCAAGCCACUACACACCCACCAACACUGCUUCAGCCGCUGCAGCUCGCUCCCCCUACAACCGCUGCGAGGCCUGUCUACACACCGCCAACCUCUACGACAUCAGCGAGGACCAGAUGCUCCAGGACGCAAUGCUCAUCAAUCCCAGCGUGCACCAGGAUGAGAUGUUCGGCCACUAUUGGCCUCAGACGGACGGCCCGCACGUCCAGAAGAGGAACCGGCUGCGUCUGUCCCGCCAGCACUCCUUCGACAACAUCAUGCUGGAGAAGCCUAAGGAGGCGGACCUGGGGCGACCCGCACGCUCCGUGAGCCUCAGAGACAAGGACCGCUGCUUCCCGGAAGACUCUCCUUACGCUAACCUCUUCAGUGUCCGUCAGGCAGACAAAGCGUUCGGCUCUAAGUCCAUGCUGUUCAACCUGGAGGAGAGUAAGCGGAGCAAGUCGUUGUAUCCUGACCAUGGAUCCGACAACCCCUUCAUGGCGGCUUCGCUGAGGGACGACACGCGCCUUGUCCACGGGCGCAGUUCUUCCGACAUUUACAAACAGCUGGGAGGAGGGCUCAAAACACCAUCAUCGCAACGCAACGAGAACAAUCUGAGGUCCUCUGUCAAGUCCACGGCUUCCUACUGCUCCCGGGAUGGGGGCCGGAUAGCAGCCAAUGACAUGUACAUUACUGAGCAUGUGAUGCCUUACGUAGCCAAUAAGACAAGUGCAUACUCAGCUGCCCCCCGGGGGGUGCUAAACUCCGCUCAGUUCAGCAAUAGACGGGUUUAUAAGAAGAUCCCCAGUCUGGAGUCAGACGUUUAACUCUGAUUCUAACUAUUAUUAUUCUGGUUAUUAUGAAGCCUCUUCUUUGUUGUACUAUAGUUUCAAACUAUCUACUACCCACUUAAGAUGCCAUAGCCACACUUCUUCUUCUACAUCUUAAGCCACAAUAAGUACCAGAGAAGAUCUAGCACUCUCUUUACAGAUCUCAUAUUGUUCCGUAGCAAGGCGUUCAGCCGCUUGGUCACAGGGUUUCCCAGGGGAUCGUUGAUAGGAUUCAGGGACGAGCAGGGAGGACGGAAGAUAGAAUCACCACAGAGAAUGGAUGAGGGAUGAGGAAGUGUAGGGAAAGAAGCGGCCGGGAGAGAGGUAAGGGGGAUCCGGAGCUCGGUUGUGUCGUUUGCUCCUGCCAACCUCCCACCCUCUGCCUACAUUUCCUCUUGUCCUCCCUCACUCCUCCCGUGGCAGUCUUGUCUAAGCUAACGUGCGGCUCUGUGACGCGGCAGGAAGGGAAGACAUGGUGGCCACAUGGACGGACAAGGAGGUUGGAGGGAGCCGCAACUGUAGCCCAACCGAGGGCGAGGGGAGGAGGAGCAGGGGGAGGACAGACAGGUUGACAGAUGGUAGGUAGUUUGAUGUGGAGGCCAAAACUACUAGGGUGGCUGGAGGGAGCUAGCUAGCCGCUUCGCCUCUUACUAUGACAAAUAUGGUCACCGGCAUAUCUGGCAGGGAGAGUGAGAGACAAAUAGAGGGAGGAGGGGGAGAGGAGAGAGGAAGGGGGACACAGGAAGAGAGAGGGGGAGGUUGGAGUGGUGGGGUUAGUGAGGACAGAAGAGGUUAAUGUGGCUGGGUGAGAGAUAAUGCUGGGCGAUGUUGGCCUGACAGAAGGAAUGUUGUCAGGCUAGGAAUGACUACUUCGGGGCUAGAAAGGACUGUUGUUGGGCUAGGAAGGACUACUUUGGGGCUAGGAAAGACUGUUGUUGGGCUAGGAAGAACUACUUUUGGGCUAGGAAUGACUGUUGUUGGCCUAGGAAGAACUGUGUUUGUCCCAGAAUGCAUGUGAGGCUACGAGAGUGCUAGUUCAGAAACGGCGAUGGGAGUUGUAGUUUAUGAACCAUGGGAGUUGUAGUUAAUAAACUAUGUUUACAGGCGGACAGAAAACCUGCAGAAGAGUGAUUAUGGGUAUUUAAUUUGUGGCACUACUGCACAUAGAAAAUAUAGCAAUCUUGCUUUUUAUUCUCUUAAACUAUAAGAUUUUGAAUGGAUCCUGGCACUCGGAUCCUCCUAUUUAUAACGUUAGUGUUUAGCUUAUUUGGUAGCACAGUAACCAUAGUAAUCAUUAGUUUAAACCCUCUACCUUCCCGUCUUUGCAGCGAAGCAGCAUAAUGUUUUGAGGUUCCGGUCAGUCAGGAUUAGUAGAUUAUUUUGCAUGUGUUAUUUUCAGGUCAUGGCCUGGAGCCAGAAGAGAUCCCGCCGUAUUUUACACUACGUUAACUAAGGCGAUUUUGUCUUGCUGACUAUGAAGUGGAUUAAACUAACCUGUGCAACUCGACUUGGCCUGAGCCUAGUAACACUCCGCCCUGUAGAGGGCAGCAGAGGGCGAGGGACCAAUGGGUGCCACGAACACUCGUCGCCACACGCCGCCCGCUCUCACGCUCGCCACAAGGACAGAGCGGGCGUUUUGUUCCUCUUCGUCUUUUCUCCCUCAGAAACAGGGUACCCACGGAUUGUCAUGACAACAUUGUACACAAUGACUUUUUUUGUAAUUGAACUUUUGUGCGUAUGUAAAGGAGGUCAUUCUCCUGUCUGUCUCCCUGCCCUCACCCCACCCAACCCACACCCAGACAGGAGAGGACUGGAUGUCUGCUGAGAAACCUCUGGGUGCAUGUGUGUGUGUGACUGUGGAAGGGAGGUGGGGUCCAUAAUCAUCACUGUGUGUGUGUGUGUGUGAGUGUUUGUGUGUGUGUGGAGUCAGCCUGUUUGGUAUGAGCAUGUUAAACCUUGGGUAAGCUUGAAGUCUAUCACACAUUUUUGUUCUCUUCUCUUGUGACCAUUUUCACCUAAAUCAACCCCCCCAUGCAAACACACACAAACAUACACAAACACACACAAACAUACACACGAUAGUAUGUAGCAUUGGAGUGUAGAAAAUGCAUCAACCCUUUGGGGGCCCUCAUUAACCUUUCGAUGGAUUGGACCACAAAGCCAAAUUGUAUCAAACAAGAUACCUCAGGAUGGUUUUGUGUGUUUGCUUUUUAUUGUAGUGACGCAAAACAAUGCCACAACAUCACGACACCAUUCAACAACACCACAACAUCGCAACAUCAUAUAACAACACCAGAACAAUGUACUACAACACCACAAGACCUUACAACACCACAACAUCACAGCUCUGUACAACAACACAACAAUGCCAUACAACAACACCAUAACACCACACAUCAACACCACAACACCACACAUCAACACCACAACAUCACAGCUCUGUACAACAACACAACAAUGCCAUACAACAACACCACACAUCAACACCACAACAUCACAGCUCUGUAAAACAUCACAACAAUGCCAUACAACAACAACACAACACCACACAACAACACCACACAACACCCGAGAUUGGUGAAGUGUAGCAGCUCAUAGCCUGACACCUAAGCUUACAUUUUUACUCUUCCUCUUGUUCACAUGUUUACUAGUCCAAGGUCUUCCAGAGCCGUUUUCUGCUACCUGUUAAGACAGAUAGGGAGAGAUAGAGAGCUGGAUAGCUGGAGAGGCACGGAGGCAGAGAGGCGGAGAGGCAGAGAGGCAGAGAGGUGGGCUUUGAAUUGAGUAUCAACCACCGUUCCUCAGAUGGAAUUACAUACGGAUGAUGACGAGGAUGAUGUGUCUGUCGUUUCCACAUUCUUUAGAACAGAAAUCUGAACAUAUUUGAAUUUUCUUUCUUUCUCUCUCCCACUGUAUCUGUCUCUCCCACUGUCCGCCUCUGUCUCUCUCUCUCUGUCUCUCCCA